CAGCUCUCACAUGCAGCUGGUAACAAAGACGAGACAACAGCAGAGGGGUGAUGGGUGCGCAGACAACACGCCUGUUAGCGCAACAAUAAUGAACUGAACAGAUUUUCAUUGACUGGACGGAUUUUCCUCCAUUUUCACUACAGUUUUAUCUUUCUUCAAGAUGAGUUAAGUUCAACGUACAUGAGUGUAGUUGCGCCUCGGACCUGUUCAACCCUGAGGCUUUACUUGCCAAACAAACUACACCUUGUUGGACUGGAAAGAGCAGAGACGCAUGACUGAAGAAAAAGGUUUAGACAUUUGUUAAAUGCUGGUGAUGAUGACAUCCUGACUUUGACCUUUGCCCUCAAGGACUUGCCUCUGAUUGGCCGAGGUAGGGAGUAAUUCACAAUAAAAGGCAAGACACCCUCCAGCUACCAUGUCUGUUCAGGAACAGCCCACAUCUCCUUUACUCCCUAAGUCAGAGGUCAAGACCAAACCAGAUAUCCCUCCUAAACCAUCAGUACAAUCCAUCUCCCCUCCUCCUUCAGACAGAGUCCACAGUCCUAGCCUCUCUGGAGAAAAGGUCAAGAAUAUAGUAAACAAGUUCAGCAAGUCCAGUGAACCUGGGAAACAGACAGCCAGUGGUAAUGCAAAACGUACAUCGAAUCAAAAGUUCAAAAGGCCGCCUUCGAUUAAGCCCAAACCACGCCGCCUCAGCCUUCAGCUUCAGACAGGGGCGGAGCCUGCGCCCCCGCUGCCCAUGAAGAGGAGCCACUUCCUGAAGAAACAGAAGCAGAGCAUGGGAGGAGAGGAGGGCGAAAGUUUGAGCUUAGAAGGAGGUCGAUCAGCGCCUGAUGGAAAGGAAGUGGAGGUUCAUCUGAUGGGAGGAGGUGAAGUGGAGGUGGAACAUAGUUCAGACACUCCUCUCGGUCCCUGUUGUGACCCAGGCUGCAGCUGUGCGUGUCACCUUCAGCGGCCCGGCAUGAAACUAAUAUGGGUCCCGUUGGACUGGGAAGAAUGUGGGCAGGACGAUGCAGGAGAGGAGGAGGACUCAGAGGAGGAUGUGGAGAUAGAGCAAGGAGGAGAAGGGGACAGUGAACAAGGGGACGAGGUGGACCAGACCUCUGUGGUUGAUGAGAAACAGGUGUUGAUUCAGGAAAAAGCAAAGUUCCAGCGUUCUUUGAAUGUUUUGAUUGCGGACAGUCACAGGAGGCUUUCUGACCCGGGCCCUCACUCCGUCAUUACCUCCCUUGUUACCUCUCGCUGUCAGUCACCCCCUGUUCCUCCAAAACAUGCUCAGUCGCCACAUAUCAACCAUCCCUCCCAAAACGAAGAUGAAAAUAUUUACGAGAUUGCGCUUCCAGUGGCUGACCCCAUUCCUAAAAUAAUCACACCUGUGGCUAAAGAGCUGCUGGACAUUCCUCAAAUCAAAGUGCGCAAACCACCCCGUCGCUCUAAACUUACCUACAGCAUCUCAGACACCACAUCCGACUUUCAGGACAUCACAGAACCCAUCUUAAGCCCAGACAAUGUUCCGCCUGUUAUCCCGCCGAGGAUGCCCAUGACUCAGGACAGCCGCAGCCUCACGCUAGGGCACUGGGGCGGCAUUCCUCUCCCCCAACCCACACUGGAGGAGUGGCGCUCCUUGCUACCAUCCUCUUCCACCAGCUCCACUGCCAGUGGGCUGAGCCCACAGCGAACCCACACAGCACCCCCAAGCAGCACCUUGGUGCCCCACAGACUCCCACCUCCACCACCAAAGACAGACCCCAGGAGGCUCAGCAGUGCCUCGGUGCAAUCCCUUGGACAGAUAAAAGCAGAGGAAAAUGGUGGAAAUGAAGAAGACCACACAGAACUACCCCCAGACAGGAGGGACUCUCUCAGGAGGGAGAAUUCAUUUAUCUUUGAAUCCCGCCUUCGGGAUGAACCUCUGUACCAGACUUACCGCGCCACCGUCAUCACGAAGGAGAUCCGUCGGCAGACAGUUUGCCGCAACAUCAGUAAAACCAGUGCAGACUAUGCUAUGGACUGGACAGCCCGUCGUAGCGGGACUGGAACAGCUACUUCAAAUGGAGGACCCAGGGGCAGUCCUGUGCCCACAGUGGGCCAGAGCACCCUGUGGCAGGACCUGCCUACUGUACUGGAAAGUGGAGUACUGGAAAAGCUCACUUCUGAACAAUGCAAGUACCAGGAGAGCAUGUUUGAGGUUCUGACCUCUGAAGCCUCCUACCUCAGAUCCCUACGCGUUCUGACCGAACACUUCCAAAACAGCCGGGAGCUGGAAGAAACAAUGAUCGUUAGAGACAAGAAAACUCUCUUCUCCAACAUCCUGAGGGUGCGGGAGGUCAGCGAGAGGUUCUUGAAAGACCUGGAGGACCGCAUAUUCAAGGACAUAGUCUUCUCCGACAUAUGUGACAUUAUCCACUACCACGCCCAGCAUAACUUCCCUGCCUACAUUGACUACGUCCGCAACCAGAUCUACCAGGAAAAGACCUACACUGCGCUCAUGAAGAACAACGUGCAGUUUGCUGCAGUCAUCACUCGCCUUCAGGAGUCGCCGCAUUGCCAGCGGCUGCCCUUCAUGUCCUUCUUGCUGCUGCCCUUUCAGAGAAUAACUCGUAUCAAAAUGCUCAUUGAGAAUAUCCUAAAAAGAACAAAAGAGGGGACAAACGAGGAGCAGGCAGCCUCUAAGGCUUUGGCUUCUGUGUCUAAGAUCAUUGACACGUGUAACACAGAGGUGGGGAGGAUGAAACAGACGGAGGAGCUGAUAUAUUUGUCCCAAACAUUUGAGUUUGACAAGCUCAAGGCUAUCCCGAUCAUCUCCCAGAAUAGAUACCUGGAGAAGAAGGGAGAGCUCCAGGAAAUGUCUAAAGGAGCAACGCUCUUUAACAUGAGAGCAAAGUUUAAUCCCAUCUACUUCUUCCUUUUUAACGAUCUGCUCAUCAUCGCUGCCAAAAAGGGUACGGAGCGGUUUGUGGUGCUCGACCACGCCCAUCGCUCUUUGGUGCAGGUUGCACCUGCACCAAAGAGCGAUGAAGGCGGGAGCAGCGGUAUUCCACAUGAGCACUGCUUUAACCUCAUCCUGCUGGAAAACCAUCAGGGACGCCAGAUGGAACGGCUCUUCAAAGCUCCCUCCCAGUCCGACAUGCACAGAUGGUUAGCAGCUUUCCCCAACCCCUCCAAUCCAGACAGAGAUGAAGAUGAAGUGGUUUAUGAAGACUGGGACUGCCCUCAGGUGCAGUGUGUAGAGCAGUACGUCGCCCAGCAAGCAGAUGAGCUCACCCUCGAGCCGACCGAGAUCAUCAACAUCAUCCGCAAAACCAAUGAGGGCUGGUACGAAGGGAACCGGCUGUCCGACGGUCAGAAGGGAUGGUUCCCCGUGGCAAACGUCAUAGAGAUCACCAACGAGCAUGUGAGGAGAAGAAACCUCCGCGAGCGCUACAGGGUCAUUCAGGCUGCAGGCCUGGUCACCAGCAACAUGGUCCGCUCCAUUCAGUAGGAUCUGUGGUACCUGCUAAAAAGGACAAUACGUGGAGACAAAUGCUUGCUGCCUGGAACGAUGGAUAAAAGGACUAUCAUAUGAACCAUCACCAAUACAGCAAUACGAUUGCAUGCAGCUAAGUAGCUCAGAACCCAAAGCAGAUCAUGUACGUGGAAGGAAUCCACCAAAUGCACAUGCCAAUCAAUCAUCCUUUUCAUUGUUUGAGCAGACUGAACAAACGCCACUCCCUCGAACAGGAGUUGAGUGUUACUGUGAACACAUAUGCUGUCACCGUCAUCAUAUGAAUGUUGUCUGAUUCUUCUUCACUUAAAACAACCAGUGGAGUGGCACUCUGGUGGUCAGAAUACAAAGUAGAAAGACUCUAGAAGAUAACAUGUUUUCAAAAAACAAGUCUCCAUUCAUUCAGUCUGGAAGUGGAACACAACUAUCCACUCCUGUAUCGAUGCAUGUAAAAAGGUAUGCCGAGUUGCAGGUACUGCCAUUAUGAAAAAAUGUCACUCUCUGCAGGUUGUGCUCAUUGAAGACUAUGGAUACACUGGAAAUGUACAAUGUGUUUUAAAUUAUGAGACGAAGUUGUCUUAUUCCAAACAGUGGUAGCACUUUUAAUACACAAAAUAUCUUCUUACCUGAUGGUUUAACAUUUUUACUGAACUCUAACCCGGUAAAUCUGAGGACCUGGGGGGCAUAUUUGCCUGCAGUCAGUCAAAAACAAAAAAAAAAAAAAAAAAAAAAAAAAAAAAACCCCCCAGUGACAGGUGCAAGAAAACUAAAGCUUUAAACAAAAUGCUGAACUUGCAGUUUACAUAAUAAUCAGGACAAUAAAACAGUCCCUCAAAAUACACAAACAUUUCAAAGUAAACCCUCGGAUUUUUGCACAAUCACUGCAAGAUCAAGUUAAAAUAUCACAGGCUAAAAAGCACAUGCAACAUCCCCCUCCAGAGCCGUAACCUCCUGUUCCUUUCAUCUACCUUUUUAUCUUUGAAAUUAAGGACAGAAGAUGGCCUGUGAUGGAUUGUUCUCAAGAACUGAUGAACAGUAACCCACACUCGUGUCCUCAGGCCAAACGUCUCCACUGUCCCUGACAUGGCUAAAUUGGACAGCUAGUCGCAUUUGAGAGAGUCACAAGUUACAGAUCCUGAUAAAGUCUCACUAUCUUGUUGCAUUUCAGUUUUUUGGCACAGCAGAGUAUUGAGACCUGUUGUUUCCAUUUUAUAUUGGUCUGGGGUUCUGAGAAAGUCACCCUGAUCCUGGUUGAAGCCACUCAGGAGAGUGUUAGCUGCUUCUAGCUCUGACUCUGACCAACCUCUUCCUUGCUUGGGUGCUGCCUCAGUUGCAGAGGAGUCCUGAAGUGUGGGAUCAGUGAGGAAAGGUGGUGGGUUAAUAGCAUUGGAGAGGUCUGGAUGUGCAGCAGUGAUUAGCUCGUGGUGUUGUAGCUCCUCCUGGUGGUGUAGUUUCAACAGGUUAGUAAUGGCUUGGUCCUCUUCUUGCGUAAGCUGGAUGAUGGCCCGCCUUGAUUGAACCUGAGGGUGUAUUCUCCAUGUAGGGCUUCCCAGGUCCCUAGUAGGGUAUUGUCCAAGUAGAAAUGGGUCUUGACGAUUUGGUGCAGCCAGACAGGGUGACAUGAUGGGUUGAGGAGUGUUGAGCUGGAACUGGGAGAAACCAGAAACCUGAAGAGUAAAGACAUUUGAAUUUUGUCAAGUAAGAGGGUCCAUCAAUACUGGGCAAAAGUCUUGAACCACUCCUAAUUUCUUCAUAUUGUGCCAACCAGACAAAAUGGGUGCAGUGAUUUAUUUAAAUGUGCAAACAAACGGUAUACAAGGCAAAAACGGAUCCUGUAAAAUAAGUAUCAAAGGCAAUGUUUGGUAUAACCAACCAGCCUUAUUCUUCAACACAACCUGAACCCUCUUUGAGAAGCUCUUUUUUUUUUUUUUUUUUUUUUUAAGUCUUCAGGAAUAGUUCUCCAGACUUCAUGGUGGACUGUCCAAAGCUCAUCUUUAAAUGUUGAACUGCCUUUUGUUCUGUUGCCUGUGAAGACUUUACUGUCAAGUUUCCUCUAAGUUCUAAUCACAAAUUACACACCGAACUGAGAUAUACCAAGUUCUAAGUUUUGGUAACCAUGUGCAAACUGUUUUUUUUUUUUUUAGCAUAUUUUCAAAGAUGCAACUAAAGAGAUGGGAAUAAAUAGCAUAUUUCUGCUAUUAGCUUUGAGUGAAAAAGUUUCAAAUUGGUUCUUUGCCAAGUUGUGUAAGCACAACAUUCUUCAUCCUUUAAGUGUCUUUUUCUGAUUUAAUUCACUCAAGUGCUAAGUGGCUUAAGAAACACACAAAAUAAAAGUUCUCUGGAAAUGGUCAAGGAGUGGACUUCGAGAAACCUAGAGGACUUUGCUCAAGACCACCUUUAAACCAUUACAAGAAAGUCCGGCUCCUUGGGGAGCAAUAUAUAAAUAAAGGGUUUAUAAAAACUUUUGCAGUGCUGCAUUUACAAUAAAUUAAAAAUUGUGUAGGCUAAAUAAAAUGUUAAUCAGAGACGUAAUAGGCAAGAACUGCUGUACUUGCUGCAUAUACACAAGGAAUGCAAUUUAUCAUUUUAACACAUACAGCUGAUACCGCAUCCAUCCAACUCUUUCAAUUUUACUCUAACCCCCAUGGUUUAGAGUCUUAGCUCUGUCUGACAGUACAUAGCCAAUCUAAUUAAAUAUGCCCUGCUGUCUGAUCCCCUCAAUAAGCCCUGCACAAAGAGACCAGGCAAAGCAGGAAUCACUUCACUAUGUCAGCCUGUGUGCUGCACAAAUUUAAUCAACUUCAGACUAUACUUCACAAUAUAAACACAGAUGUAACUCCAAGACGCAUUGCAGUCAGUCAAGAUUGAUUUAACGCUUGCUGACAUUUCGAGUAACAUCUGGAUACGUUUCCAUCCCAUAAUGAGCAAGUGGAUGACUCCACUGCAGCUGGUUUUUGGAUGUAGGUCUUACCGUCACCCCAGUCUGUAUUUUAGGGAUCCUCCUCCUGCAGCACCCUGUGGGGUCAAUAUAGAAGACCUCCGCAAGGAUGAUUGGGUGGGCUAAAGAGAAAAAUAAGUCAAAUGUAGUGUUUUAUGACAGAAACCUUUUCGGAGACUAAUAUUUAUGUAAAGUGAUUCACCUGUUUGGCUGCCUCCUUGAUAAGGUAAACAUGGGGGCAUGUACAGAGACAUGGAGUGCUGCAAGGUCCUGUUAGAGAGGGGAGGCACGAUUCUCUGCACACAAACAGCUAAUUUAAUCCUUCGCGUCGUGAAAAUGAAGUUUCAUACAAAAUCCACUUACCAAUGAAAGUCCUUCACUGUAAUUCAUCGUGGUUUCAUGUAGCGCGGAUAGUUGUGUCCGCCGGUGUUCUGUCGAUCUGUGCUACCCUGUCAGUACUAUGUCAUAAUUCAGUUUGGUGCGAUCAAUAGUUUAAACGACUCCACAGUUUAGACUGACUAGAUAUUGACAUGAAUACUCUAUACACACACA